CAUCUUCAGUUCUUCCCUCAGAGGGAGGCAGAGACACCUUGAAAGGCUGAGUAUAAGGACAUCUACCGAGUGUCUUUUUACAUAGACAUCAGAGUUGGGGGGGGGGAGGGAAAAGGAAUAGACCUGUAACCAUAACUCAGUUGGACUUGUAUCCGAGAAGUCAGAUGCAAUGGAUUGGCUCCCUCACCGAACAGCUGCUUUUCUGUUCCUUUUAUUGGUAUUCUUGGAUUUCAGCACAGGAUUUCAUGUAGAGGUAAAAGAAUGGAGUGAAAAUGGAACAGCAAGAUGGAAAACCUACAGAAGACAAAAACGUGAAUGGAUAAAAUUUGCUGCAGCUUGUAGAGAAGGAGAAGAUAAUUCUAAGAGGAAUCCAAUUGCCAGAAUUCGAUCAGAUUGUGAAGAAAACAAUCCAAUCACAUACAGCAUCUCUGGAGUUGGAAUUGAUCGUGCCCCGUAUGGAAUAUUUGUUAUUAACCCGAGAACAGGAGACAUUAAUAUAACAGCAAUAGUGGAUAGGGAAGUGACCCCAGUAUUUGUUAUACGCUGCUUUGCUAAACACUCAGUGACGGGUAUAGAUUUGGAACCACCUCUUGAACUUCGAGUCAGAGUUCUGGAUAUAAAUGAUAAUCCUCCUAUAUUUGCACAAUCUGUAUUUACAGGAGCUGUUGAAGAAUGCAGCAUGGACAACACACUGGUGAUGAAAAUAAUUGCAUCAGAUGCAGAUGAACCUAAUAACUUGAAUUCUAAAAUUGCCUUCAAGAUAGAGAGUCAGGAACCUUCAGGCCCACCAAUGUUUGUUAUGAAAAAGGCUACUGGAGAACUCCAUCUGGCAAAUUAUCUUGACAGAGAGCAACACAGUAGCUACACUCUGGUUGUGAAGGCAUCAGAUCGGGAUGGAGCUGGAGAUGGAAUUUCAUCCCUUUGUAGCUGUCAUGUGAAAGUUAUCGAUGUCAAUGACAACUUCCCAACUCUUGCUCAAAGCUCUUUUUCAGCAGCUAUUUCAGAAAAUUCACUCAGUUCAGAACUGCUACGAAUACAAGCUCUGGAUGCUGAUGAAGAGUUUACUGACAAUUGGUUAGCGGAGUUUUUCUUUAUAUCUGGUAAUGAAGAUAAUUGCUUUGAAAUUGUUACAGAUCCAGCUACAAAUCAAGGAAUCCUUAAAGUAAUUAAGGAACUGAAUUAUGAACAUAUCCGAACUCACUCACUGAGUAUCGGUGUCAGGAACAGAGCUGAAUUCCACCACUCUGUUAUGUCUCAGUACCAAGUCAUCGGAACACCCCUCAUAGUAGAAGUAAAAAAUGUGAUUGAACCUCCAAGGUUUAAUCCAUCUUCAAUUAUCUUUUUUGUGUCACAAAGAACGAGGGCAAACUAUGUUGUGGGAACAUACACAGCAUUCGAUGAGGACACAGGGACUACUGCAACCAAUGUUGUGUAUAGGAUAGGACGUGAUCCAGGCGCCUGGUUCAGAAUCAAUCAAAACACUGGUGAAAUCACACUGAACAAAGUUAUUGACUGGGAAUCCUCCUAUGUAUCCCAUGGGCAGUACAGAGCAGAGGUUCUGGCUAUUACUAGAGGGGUUCCUCAAUAUACUGCUACUGGCACCAUUGUGCUUACAAUGCAAGGCGUCAAUGACAAUUGCCCAACUAUUAAUACAGCAUUAAGGAAAGUAUGUAUGCAUUCCCCAUCAGUGGUCAUCACAGCAAAGAGCAUGAAUGGUGAUCUAUACGGGCUCCCCUUUACAUUCAGCAUACAUGGUGAACCUCAAACUACAUGGAUUAUCAGAUCAAUAAAUGCUACCUCUGCAGAAUUAGUGAGUCAGAACAUGGACUUCUACCUUUAUAAGAUCUACAUUAGAGUAAGAGAUAGCCAAGGCCGAAGCUGCUUACAGCCGUACAUAAUUCCUCUACAAGCUUGUCGCUGUGACAGUCGCAAUUAUUGCAGCAGUGGGGCCACAAAAAUAAUUAUCAUCGGUGGUGGUGGUAGUCCUGAUGGUGAAAGAGUUAGUUGGACUGAUAGGCCUGUUACUGACGUUGUGACAGACUGGGACACUACCACUGAAACUCUUGAAACAUAUACAUCUGAUGAGGAAAAUGGUUAUCCUAUCACAUAUCGCCAAUCUUCUACUACACUUAGCGGUGCUGCCAUUGGCCUGAUGUUUCUUGGUGGCUUAAUAUUUGUUUUGAUUCCAAUUCUGAUGUCAAUGAGUGACUGUUGUGGCUGUGGACCUGGAGCUGCAGCUGGAGUUGGAACUGGAUUUGAACCUGUACCUGAAUGCACAGAAGGGGCGAUUCAUCCAUGGGGAAUAGAAGGUGCACAGCCUGAAGAUAGGGAUGUCUCACACAUUCUUGCCCCAACAACAGCUGCUGGAGGUGAUUUUGGUGAACCUUCUGAUAUAUAUACAAACACAUAUGGAGGAGGAGGAGGAGUAUGUCAUGGUGUUGAAGAAACUACAGGGGUUGGCUAUGCCACUGGUACUGGUUAUGGAACAGCUGGAGGAGUUUCUGGAACAGGGGAAGUAAAAGGGUCAACGGGAGGAACGAUAAAAGAGUAUCGAGAAGGAGGGGUGAACAUGGCCUUCCUAGACAACUACUUCUCUGAGAAAGCAUUUGUGUAUGCAGAUGAAGAUGAAGGUCGGCCAGCAAAUGACUGCCUAUUAAUAUAUGAUCACGAAGGAAUAGGUACUCCUGUCGGCUCUGUUGGAUGCUGCAGCUUUAUUGGAGAAGAUACAGAUGAAACGUAUUUGGAUACAUUAGGACCAAAAUUUAAGACCCUAGCAGAGAUUUGUCUGGGCAAGGAGAUCGAACCUUUCCCUGAUGCCAACCCACCUUGGCCAGGCAUUAACGUCACCUUUCCCAACCCUGAAUGUGACCUGAACCUCCCGGCGCCUGGAACCACCAUCCUUGUCAACGGCUCUGCACCAAUGGCUCCCCCGGUCGGCACUACCACAGUUGUUACCGAAAACACCUACACGUCUGCAUCUACCAUACAGCCCCCACGGCCCAUGCCUGAUCCUUUGCUCCACGGCAACGUGACGGUGACAGAGACCUACACCUCCAGCUCUCCUUGUGUUGACCCACUGCGUGCAUCCAACGUUGUUGUAACAGAAAGGGUUGUUGGUCCCGCGUCUGCCUCUGAUCUGCGUGGCAUGCUAGAUAUUCCCGAUCUCACAGACGGGUCCAACGUUAUCGUCACGGAAAGAGUCAUUGCACCUAACUCCCGGCUUCCGACAUCUCUGAGCAUUCCUGAUUUGGUAGAUGGGUCAAAUGUGGUGGUGACAGAAAGGGUGUUCAGGCCUGCCUCUGGCAUGCCAGGCAGCUUAAUAAAUAUUCCCUCAGAGUUAUCCAACGCCCACAAUGUGGUGGUCACUGAGAGGGUAGUGUCAGGGUCUGGGAUGAGCGGCCUAGCGGGGGGAAGCCUGGGAGGGGCAAACCUGGGGAGCCUGAGCAGCACAGGUCAGAUGCUCAGUGCUGACUGCCACCUCGGCCAGGCAAUGGGCACAGCGUCCCCUGGCACCUCCCGGAGAAGAGUGACAAAGUACAGCACUGUGCAGUACUCCAGCCAGUAAGGCUUCUGCCAGCGCACCUCCCCACUGAAAUUGGCACUUGCAUUGAUAUUUGUUAGCUGCCACCGAACAAGAAUAUCAUCAUUAUUUAUAACUAGCAAACAGCACUGAAAUUUCAGGGCUUCCUCCUUGAGUGAGGAUCUCAGAAGGGUGCCCCAUUUCAAGGUCAAAAACUUUGUCAGUGAAGGGAAAGCUGAGGUGAGCUCUAAAUUUAUCUCUUUCUUUCCACAGACCAAUAAACUUGUACAAACAGACACUAAUGAUUUUAGAGAGAUCUGAUUAGUAAACAGAGCAGUGAGAAGGGAUCCACAUACAGUAUCAGCAUGAGUUAAUGUCAGACGAAAGAGUGUUAAAAUACUAUAUUGGUGAAUGAUCUCUCAAGACAAGCAGACUUGGGUUAAUGGCCCCUCACUGGCAAGACAGGAAAAGAAUGCAAUUAGCAAUUAGUCAACAUAAGACUAAAUAAGCACUUUCAAACACAUCACUUUUCUUUGCAUGUAAUUUCAGGUGCGCUGCAAAACAGCACUUUGAAUCAUUUCUGCUAUCACCAGCAACAGUUAUAAAUAAUAAUCAUAUAAACACAAUGCGUUUUCAUAGCUUUCUGAAGUUCUUAGUAAAACGUGCUCUUUCAUGACCUACCACGUUGCUAUGCUCAUGGCCAAGAGUGUGGCUAGGAAUUUGCCACAGCUGGAGCUGCAGCAUUGAUGCUGCAAACCAAGAAGCUGUUGGCUUCAUCUUUUUUCCAAUAUCACUACAGCUUUACUUAAAUCUAGAAGGACGUUGGUGAAAACCAGAAGCAGUUAAUCAGAUUUUUGUGCCAAAAUAUGCCUACCAGUUAAGUCUCCAACAUCAGGUUACUUUACGAGAACUGUAAUAUAACAUGCCAGUUCUCUUCUCAAAUACUGCCAAGAAAACAAAGUCUUAGAAGCUUUGUGAUGUGGGGAGGCAAUAGCAAGUAUUAUAAUACUGACAGUGGUAGCUGAAGGCCUUCGUGAAAAGAGAAAACCCUUGGGAACAAUAUAAAUUUGCUAAUACGCAGCAUGGAGAAUUGUUAUUUCAUAUGUCAAUGUAUUUUGCAUUGAUAUUUUGAAAGUUUAUUUGAAUGUGUUAAUUGAAAAAGUCUUUAUGAUUCUAUAUUCUUAAUUAAAUCUGGCUUUUAUUUUCCCACAAAAACAGCUCUACUGGAUUCUGUUAUUCUAAUAAUACUUUAACAUGCUUUAGAUUAUGAUCUGAAGGAGCAAAAUGCUGAAAAGUAGUAGCUAUCUCAUUUUACUUCUGUAUCAUAUGUAUAGUAAGCAUAGUGUAUACAACAACAUCACGCUGAUGUAAAUACAAUAGAGUUAUAUGGAGGGAUUGUUUGUUGUUGUUGUUGUUGUUGUUUUGCUAGAUCACCAGAUCAGUAGUUUUCCCUCAAAUUUUGCUUCUUCAGCGUUGAUGGACAGGUUAGUGAAAAGUUUAAGAGUUGUCUGUGAAAUUCCCACUCAGUAAAAAGGAGAAGAAACCUUCAAAUCCAGAUUAAUUCA